CAUGGGCUACUGCCUGCUGCUGAGCGCAGGACUGCAGCGCUGCAGAAGGCUGCAGGCGCCGCUGCUGCUGCUGCUUCUGCUGCUCUUCGGUGCCAGGACCGUCCGUAGGAAUGUCGACUGGCAGUCACGAGAAGCGCUCUUCACUGCGGGCCUACGGACUAUGCCAUACAACGCAAAGAUGCACUACAACUACGGCAACCUGCAGCGCGACCUCUUCAAUACUGACCUGGCCCAGCUCCACUACCGGGAAGCUAUCAGGUUGUGGCCUGACCACGCGAGUGCGCACAACAACCUGGGCACGCUGCUCAACGACACGCGCAUGGCGGAGGCGCAUUUCCGCGCUGCGCUCCACGCGCAUCCCCACCACGCGCAUGCCAGCUACAACCUCGCCAUGCUCAGGCAGAAAGAAGGCGCCCGCGCCGAGGCGAUAUCUCUGCUGGAGGCGAGCCUGCGCUACGACGUCUCGCACCGCGACUCUGUGUGCGCGCUCGCCGAGCUCUACGUCCUGGACGGCAGAGACGCCAGCGCUGACGCCCUCCAUAGGGAGCUGCUGCUGGCUGUUCCUAGGGAUGCUGCUGCGCAUAAUAACUACGCAGCGUUCCUGCAGAGGGCUGGCCGUAAAGAGGCAGCUCUGGGACACUACGAGACAGCUCUGAGCCUCGACCCAGAGCACUCUAUUGCUCUGGUGAACACGGCGCGUCUCUUGAGGGCCCUCAAGCAUGACCAGCACGCAGAGAUCCUCUACAGAAGAGCCUUGAGCGUGUCGUGGGAGGCUGGUGUGGGCGAGAGCCUCGGUAAGCUGUACCUCAACACUGACAGGCUGCAGGAAGCUCAUGAGACAUUCAGCGCCGUGCUGCAGCGCUUCCCCCACCGCAUCUCCACGCGCGUCUACCUCGCGCGCGUGCAGCUCCAGCAACGUCAAUACGAAGCAACAGAAGCAAUUUUAACGUCAGUUUUGAACGAAGACCCAUCGUACCCUGAAGCCCUGCUACAGCUGUCGCUUUUGUAUGCGCAUACAAACCGCACGGCGCAGGCGCUGGAGGUGGCCAGCGCAGCGGCCGACCACUGCUCUGUUGCCUGCUCUGUCUGCGCUCACUUGCUUGCGCACAGAGCAGACCUGCUGCACGCUGCGCACCGCACCGACGCCGCGCAGAAGAGCUACGAGGCAGCGUUGGAGUUUGAUUCAACUUUAAGUCACGCUCACGUCAACCUGGGUGCAAUUUUCCACUCUAAGGGUGAAUUCGCACGAGCCUGGCACCACUAUCUCAACGCCCAGACUCACGACCCGACCAACACUCUUCUCUUGGAGAACAUGGAGAAACUUAAGAGGUCUCCUCACCUAAUGCAUCCUUUAACUCCUCUAAACUGUCUUACUAUUUCAUAGACUUCAGGGAGUUACAGAUUUUUUGACGUGCGUAUUCGAUUUUAACGAGAAUUUUUAUUUCUGAUUAUCACUGCGACACCAGUCCUAUGCAACAUGCAGUUUUAAAUAGAAUUAUUCUCACGAAAUCACAUCUCCUAAAUAUCAUCUAUUAUUUGACGCUCGUAAAAGAAACAAACUUCUUAAAAUACGAAACUAUACAACGAUAAAACCUUUUUCUAAACAAACUGCAACUGUAUAUUAUCACCAGGUUAAUAAUACUCAUUGAUGAAGCUUUCAUUUCUUUUAUUUAUAGGGUCGCAAUAACUUAAUAAGUUAUGACCGUCAUGCCUCAGUUUAUCAUAGAUUAUUAUUAAUGCAUGAACAGAUCCAUUGCAGUAAGAAAAUUCGUUCACAACAUCAAAAGAUUAUAAAUUUACGGUUAACUGAGGCAUGUCAAUUAGGUAUAACUUCGAUAGAUAAUUAAUGCGACUCUAAAAAGCAAUUAAACGCUGCGGAAUUCCCUACAAGGGAUUAUUUAUUGUUCUGCAAUAUCCGAAUUAGUUAAUUUAACCCACUAAAAGAGAUUUGAUCAUAUGUUUCCUUCAGGUAAAAUUUUUCUAAUUUAUAAUAUUAAAUCUUCCCAAAUUGUGAAAACUCAAGGCACGGCAGCCGAUUUGGAAUUAUAUAUUUGUUUUUAUCAGAAGUCAACAUCAUAACUUACGAGUGAACAAAACUUGAGUCAGUCGUGGAUGCUUGCUGAGAUAUAUUUAAAAUGAAGAAUGUAGUUUUCACAUUUUUUGCGUAUUUUUUGACAUACUUGACAUGAAUAUGAACAUAGGAUAACUGCUACUCUUUACGGAUUUUACUUUCACCGGUCCGAAUUUUCUGGACCACACACAUUUUAAAGCAAGUUACUGUCAGAAAUUGUCGCAUAAUAUCCUACAACAUAUAUAAGUCGAUCAGAACGAUGUAUGGAUAAUUAUAAAGAAUGCUGUGGUAGUCUGAAUUUAUUUUUGGAUGCAAUGAUAGCUGUAUGAUUGUAUAUGAGCAAAGAAUAGCUUUAAUUGUUUUAAAUAUUAGAUUAGAAAGCGCUUUAAUUGGAGAAUUUAACUAGUGUGUGAUAGUUUAAUUUAUAAGCUUACGAGAUUGAACUAUAUGGAACUCAUACAACAUAAAUAAUGUAUUACAGAAAUGUUUUAGGAACAUAACACUGGCAACAACAUUGAGUGUCGUCUUCGCGAGUACGUAAAUCUUGCGUCAGACGUGGACAAUUAAUAAAAUUUAUUAUAUAAUAAAAAUAAAUUUUGGACGUUUCCACUUACAAUUAAUCAUCAUACUCUUUAUCAUAUGAUAUCGUUUAUCGAAGUGCAACCAAAUGCAUAAGAUACUAACCAUCAUCACCGUACGUAUCAGCCAAAUGCUACGCUAUAAAUAAUAAUCCGAAUAUUCUCUGUGUAUUAUAACGGACAAUAAACCUUCAUGUCACUGUGACAAAUAAUUAUACUUAUGAAUAUUGACCACACAUUAAUAAGUGUGUAUUAGUUUUAAGAAUAAAUUUCUGGCAUUGCUUUUUUCCCGGGGAUUUAUCGAUGUAUAUUUCUUAUUAAAUAUUUUAUUGUACUUUGAUUCUGGAUGAACUUGUAGAAGUUCGCACAUCUUAUGACCUCACAUUAUCAAUGUUUAUAUUGUACGUGUUAGGAAUAAAUAUUAAUGAGUUUAAAUGAUUAUUUCGCAAAACUCACUCAUUGGUAACCAUCAAGUAAUUUUUAAAACAAGCAUGCACCAUGCAUGUACCAGGAAUUAGUAAGGGAUCUAAAACACGAACCAAAAUCCUUAUUUUCUAGGACUUAAGGGUUCCCAUUUGCUUGUGGCUUAUCGCUUAGGUUGUGCACUUUAUACCUCUGCACUGGCGAUCACAGACAACUGAAGUGUACAAAUAUUUGUUAUUAUUAAUUAAAUUAUAAAUUCGAGUUAUUUGCAAUAGUAUUGCUGGACUUAAAGGCCGAAAUGAUUUAGUUUGUGUUCUUGAGAAACAACUUUUUUCAUCGUUGUUGUAAUAUUGAACUUUGUUAGAAAUUUUGAUCGUUAAAAAUGUGAAAUUUUGUACCUAUUCGUUAUUUUUUAUCAUACAGUUGGUUGUAAUUAUGAGUUAGCAUUUAACGCCGAUGUUCUUUUAAGAAUUAGUUUAUAUAUAAUUUAUUUAUGAUCUUAAUUAUUAAAUUUGUUCUACUUAAAUUGUGCGCGUGAGGCAUUUCUCAAACAUUGAAUAUUGUCACCGUCAUAUCCUUGAUGUUCAUUAAUUUAAGAAGAAAAAAGAGUGGAGGUCGUGUUGAAAAUAUUCCGAAAUUCUCAGAUGCCCGCGGUUGUAUUCUUGUUCGGAACGCUCUUCAGACGUAAAAAAUGUCAGAAUCAAUUGAAAAAUGUCAUCAAUAAAUUGAAUUUCUUCAUGACUAAUUUGUACUCGGUUUUUGUAGGCGACGCAUGUGCCUCCAUAUUGCCCGUAAUUUUGGCCCUGGCCAUUAUUAUUAUAAUGCAGUAAACAGCUUCGAUUUCAAAUUUGACUGAAUUCAAAAUUUUUUUAUUCAAAAUACAAUUUUCUUCUAUAAUCCAAAAAUGAGAAAUUACUCUGUACUUACAUUUUUAAUAUGAGACCAAGCAAUGAUGAGAAACUUCACUUAACUAUUAAAAUCUGAUCAAAUUCUAUAUGUAAAAAGGAGUUAGAGGAUAUGACCCUCAAUGUAUAAGAUUUAUGUCCAGCCGUCGAUAUUCAUAGCCACUGCUUGAUUGAUAUCAGUAUAAUCUAUAAUACAAAUAAAUAUUAAUAUAAACUUGAAUAAAUAACUUGCAUGUUUAUAUAUAUUAUAAAUCGGAAAUUCCAUGCCAUAAAUCCCCGACCUAAUGCAAAAACUUUCGACCAAGUUAAACGAUUUUCACAAUCCGUUAAUUUUUGCAGGUAAAUUCCACAAUCGCGCACCGAAUAGUGUCUAAUUCGAGCAGAAGUAGAACACGGUUAAUUAGGAACAACUAGUCAAGAGAUAAAUAUUCUCGUUCAUAUAGUUAUUUUAUUAUGCUCUAGAUGUUUCCUCAAUCGCCUAAAGAGCUUUUAAAAGAACCUAAGGAUAUUAUGGUAAUAACUGCACUCAAAAUUUGUUCUCUGGACCACGCAACAUCUGAAGAAGGACGACGCUGCACUUGCUUACAAUUAUUCCUCAAUAUAGGAGGUGCUAUGAAUUCCUUACAUGUAAACUUUCGUGAUUUUGGGGAUUGACUAAAUAUUUUUGUAAGCCCAUUUAAUAAAGUAUUUACUAAAUGAA